CCUUGAGACGGUGUCAGUGAAUGAUAGUGAAUGCGAAGGAAGGGUUCGCCCAACAACACUUAUUUGACACUCCCUAAAUUCUCCCUCGAUCUCUAAAAAGCAGACGGUGCUGGCGUUUUGGAGAUAAAGAAGACCAGCCGCACCGCCCUUGGGAGAUGUCACUCUGAGUAUGGAAGAGUCGUCACAAGGCAAGAAGAUCGAGAGCAUCGGGAGGAUGACGGCCCUGACGCAGGAGGAGGUGGUGUCCCACACGCGGACGGUGGUGCAGGGGUUGGAGGCCCUGCGGAAUGAGCACAACUCCAUCCUGACGGGCAUCAACAACUCCAUCACCUCCGCCCAGCACCACCCGCCGGACUCCAAUGUCUUCUCGGAGAAGGCCGGCAUCAUACAGAAGUCCCUCGACCAGAUCGAGCUCGGGCUCUCCGAGGCUCAGAUUAUGCUGGCCCUUGCCUCCCACCUGCAGACGGUCGAGGCUGAGAAACAGAAGCUGCGUGCACAGGUCCGGCGACUCUGCCAGGAGAAUGCGUGGCUGAGGGACGAGCUGGCCUCCACCCAGCAGAAGCUGCAGGCCUCCGAGCAGCAUGUGGCGCAGCUGGAGGAAGACAAGAAGCACCUCGAGUUCAUGUCCACCAUCAAGAAGUACGAUGCCGACGUUCAGGACUCAGAGUCAUCAAUGGAGGAAAAGAAAGACAAAAGUGAUGAUCCCGUUGUAGACCUAUUUCCAGACGACGAUGCAGAUGACAGGGCUGGUUUAAAGAGAAGCGGGGAUUUUGGUUCUCAGGCGUCUUUAGCUGCCAUGUCCCCAACUCCACCGUCCCAGUUCGCACAGCAGGUGAAUGCUGGUUAUGAAAUACCAGCUCGUCUUCGUACUUUGCACAAUCUAGUAAUCCAAUAUGCCUCACAAGGACGCUACGAGGUGGCAGUUCCUUUGUGUAAACAAGCACUGGAGGACCUUGAGAAGACCUCCGGACAUGACCAUCCUGAUGUGGCAACUAUGCUCAAUAUCCUGGCUCUUGUCUACAGGGACCAGAAUAAAUACAAAGAGGCAGCGAACCUCCUAAAUGAUGCGCUCGCCAUCCGGGAGAAGACCUUGGGGGAGAACCACCCAGCAGUCGCAGCUACCCUAAAUAACCUAGCUGUGUUAUAUGGAAAGCGAGGCAAAUACAAGGAGGCCGAGCCUCUGUGCAAGCGAGCCCUGGAGAUCCGUGAAAAGGUGUUAGGCCGCGACCACCCUGAUGUGGCCAAGCAACUCAACAACUUAGCCUUACUUUGUCAGAACCAGAUCUCUCAGGAGGAGCGUAGAGGGGUGCCUAAGGAGGAGCUUCUCGGCAAAUACGAAGAAGUAGAGCGCUAUUACCAGCGAGCGUUAGAAAUUUACGAAUCGAAGUUGGGGCCCGAUGACCCCAAUGUAGCCAAGACGAAGAACAACCUGGCCUCAGCGUACCUCAAGCAAGGGAAGUACAAGGAGGCAGAGAUCUUGUACAAGCAGGUUCUCACAAGGGCUCACGAGAGGGAGUUUGGUGCCAUUGACGGCGACAACAAACCCAUCUGGCAGGUGGCAGAGGAGCGUGAGGAGAACAAGAACAAGGUGAAGGACUCCGCUCCCUAUGGCGAGUAUGGCGGCUGGCACAAGGCAGCCAAGGUCGACUCGCCAACUGUGACCACGACCCUGAAGAACCUGGGUGCCCUUUACCGGCGCCAGGGCAAGUACGAGGCAGCUGAGACCCUGGAGGAUUGCGCCAUCCGGUCACGUAAGGAGGCCGUCAAUCUGGUCAAGGACGGGAUGACGCCAGAGGGAAGCCGACGACUCUCAGCCUCAAGGGACAGACUCCGCAGGGGGUCACGAGAGUCCCUCAACUCAGCUGAGUUCGAUGCCAACGACGAUUAUGAGUAUGGGCGUCUGCGGAGGUCCAGCUCUUUCUCCAAGUUACGGGCAUCAAUACGAAGAUCCAGUGCCAAGUUGGUGCACAAGCUCCGCGGCCGAACGGAAUUGGAGGUCGAUGACACGGCUGCAAGACUGAAACGGGCAAGUUCACUGUCCGUUCUUAGUGGAGAGGAGCCCCAGAAACAGUCCUUACAGGUUCCCCUAGCUGUGCGUGGUCGAGCAGUGAGCUCAGAACACCUUUCCCGACCAGCUGCUUCUGCCUCGCCUGGCCUGCGCUAGAGACUACUUUCAUGCUCGCUGUUCCUUCUGCGUUAAUGUUAAUUAUCAUAAGCAAUGGGAAAGAUCUAUUCAUGGUAGAUUACAAGAGCCUCCUGUCCUUGCUUUUUCACAUAAGGACAGAGAAUUGUUCUUUAUGUUCUGUACGUAAGCAACCUACCAGAGCAGUCUUUAGAUAUGUGUUUUUAUAGAUUGUUCCUAUGAAAAUUCUAUCUAUGUCUGUGUGUGUGCAGGACUUAAUAACCAUAACCCAUUGUUAGUGACAGUUAACGGUGGGGCAUUUAAAACUUUGAGAAAGUUACUUUUGCAUGACAUAGUACAUCAAGAGCAGUUGUGUAUAAAACAAGGACAGGUAUUUAAACAUCGAUUACAUUGCAUCAUUGAUUUUAUGCAGUGGAAAUCAAAAAUUGGAGAGGCAGAAUAAUGGAAUAAAUAAGAGAAUAAAAAGCCCAAAUUAGCAGAUGGCAGCCUGGUCUUCCAGUUCGAAAAAUGGGUAGGAAACCAAGGACAGAAAACCAAGGGGUACUGAUUUGCAUGGGACAGGUAACGGAAUUUUAGAUUUUUACAGGAUGAAAAUGUAUAAAAUAAAAGAGCAGAAAUUUAUGGAUUUCAACACUGGAAAGUCAAAAAAAGAAAAAAAAAGUAGAUUAGAAAUGGUUGUCUUGUUUUGUAGUACCAUCACUGACACAUUCAUUGCAUUGUGUUUGGAUGCCCAAGCUGCAUUUGAAUCCCUGAAACUGGUAGAGUGUAGUUACCAGAGAAUAACAAUUACAUAAUGUGCUAUAGUCUGCAUAUAGUUUCCAAAGCCUCAUAAUAGCAUGUUCCAAAGUAUUCAUCUCUUAGCCUGGACAGAACUUUUGUCCAUGCAGCUCUUAUGAUUUUCUGCACAUGUAUAGUCACAAAAUGGCCAAGAAUUUCCUUUUUGUAAUUCAAAUGAAUCCAUUAUUGCAAUCUUGAGUGAGAGGUGUGCAUGUGAAAAAAAGAAAAUAAAAAAAAGUUUAUAUUUAAUAAAUAUUUACUAAUUCAAUGUCUCUGUACUGGCAGAACAUAAAAUUUACCUUUGAUGUCAUGAUAGAGUGCUUUAUUGAACAAGGCAUUGACAUACCAUUCCAGGAGGAUCUUGAUAGCUAUCUAGUCUUUUAUUUAUGAGAUUUGUGUCAUUUCACUUUUUUAGUUUCUUACAUUGUGGAUUUUGGUAUGUUGUUGUAAAUGGCUAUAUUGUACAUUUCCAGUUUUGUAUUACUUAAUUUGGUUAAGAUGAUUUUGUGUUAUAUUUAUUUCUGUAAUAGUUUUGUGUCUAGGUCAAAAUUAUACAAAGAAUAUAUUGUUUUAAUUUCAUUCAUGAUUCUCACGAGCAAAACUAUUUUUCAGUGUAGCUUUAAGGACCAUAUGCAUUAUAUCCACCAAGAAGAAAAUGAUGCACAUCCUGUUGUGGAUGAAGCUAUAGUUACCCUUGAACCAGUGUCCCAUACAGGGUUAAAUAUAUACACAAUAUGAGGAAAAUAUCCCUGGAAACAGUUAUUUAUCCCACUAGUGACUAAAAAGAACUACGAGAUUUGGGCCACAAGUUCCCAUCUCUUAGUUCAGAAAGAAGAUAGUUGUACUGUGAUUCUUGCACUUCCAGUACUAUAUAAAUACAGUUGCUGGCAGUAUAGGAAUGUUAGUCAACUGGUAUAUCUUGCACAGGGGUUGUAAAGAUUUCAUCAUUUCAGCUGUCUGAACGUUCACAACCUAACUUUUUUGUUAGCUUCAUGUCUGCUUUUGUCUGUGCAUUCCCACGGUGACACAGCAACCGAUGUAGGAAAAGUUAUCAAUAAACAACUUGAUGGCUUAUG